UAUAUAAUUCAAGAUGGCAGCUCACUGUGCUUGCCAUGUUUUUGGAGUUUACAGAUUCAGUGGCAAGUUAUUGCGAGUAUCGAGCCAUUGCCGUGCCUUGCGGGUAUCAGACGUCCCACAGUCGAAGCUGUUCUCGACAGAUGCCCAACCCAAGACAGAGAAGAAACCAAAGGAUUCUGUAGCUGCUGUGAUCGCUGCUGCACAAGAUAGACGAACAGCGUAUGAUACGUUGAUCCAACAUGAGGAGUUGUCAUAUGAGAGAGGGCGCCGUCACCUUGCGAAUAUGAUGGGAGAGGAUCCUGAGAACUUUCAGCAGGAAGAUGUUAAUAGGGCCAUAGAAUACCUGUUUCCAUCGGGCCUGUUUGACAAGAAGGCCAGGCCCAUGAUGAAACCCCCGGCGGACUACUACCCGCCCCAGAAAGCAGCCCAGUUUGGAGCGGACGGUAGACCGUUCGAUGCCUUGUUCUACACCGGCAAACCAAACUACUACAAUCUGAUGCAUGAGACAGUUACUCAGAUGAAUAAAGCCAUCGCCAAGGAAGAUGAGAUGAUAAGAAAAGGAAUCCUCGUACAUGAUUCUGAACCUGUGAAUGUUUCAAGGAGCGAAUGGAUUGACAAAGCCACUGUUGAAAGAAUUGUUGUAGAGUCACUGUCAGACAAAGAGUAUUCAAACUUCAUCAGUCUGUUGGAGAGGAUACUACAGCUACCGUACGCGAGUAAGGUCAGUGAUUAUAUCCACAAAUAUAGAAGAGAACUGGUAGCCGAGCUAAGCAAGGAAAUCAUUAGCCCAAUCCAAGAAGAUGAGAAUGGUCGACCGUACAGCACCGGGGAUGGCUGGCGGAAAACUGCUAAGGCGUGGGUCACUCUGAAGGAUCAUGGGAAAGGUCAGGUCACCGUCAACGGAAUAGAGUUUCUCAAAUACUUCACGUGGGUGCGAGUGAGAGAACAGAUCUUAUUUCCAUUUCACUUCACCGGAACCUUGGGGCGUUUUGAUCUCGAGUGUAAGGUCCUUGAAGGGGGCAUUACGGGUCAGGCUGGUGCGAUCAGACUUGCUCUGUCGAGGGCACUGUGCAGCUUCGUAGAUCAGCAGAAGAUAGAGCAGAUGAGGCAAGCUGGACUGCUCACAUUAGAUCCAAGGAUACGAGAGAGGAAAAAGCCAGGGCAAGCCGGAGCAAGAAAGAAGUUCACAUGGAAGAAAAGGUAGCUGUUGCAUCUGGACGUAACAGAACUAUUCAUGAACUAACAGAUCCAAGAUACUGUCCUGUCCUAGAUAGCUUUUACCUGUGGAUGCAAAAGAACUUCCCAUGAAUACGGAUCCAAGAUACAUGUACUGUCCUUUCCCAGAUAGCUGUUACCUUUGGAUGCGAAAGAACUUCCAAUGAACUUACAGAUCGAAGAUACUGUCCUUUCCCAGAUAGCUGUUACCUUUGGACGCGACAGAACUUCUCAUGAACUUACAGAUCCAAGAUACUGUCGUUUUCGAGAUAACUGUUACUUGUGGACGCGGAAGAACUUCUCAUGAACUUGGCAAAAUAAGUGUAGGAGCAAUUGUCCUAAUAGCAAAUAUUGCUUUACCAAGGCAAUUGCAGUGCUUCAGUGGGAUAUGUACCCCAGACCUUAAAAUGUACGGUUGCAGGAUUUGCCACUGAUCCACAACAUCUCUCCAAGUAACAUUCAUGAAUGUUAGGUCUUGGACUCAUGGGUCUUAGGUUAGAAUGAGAAAAUCAGGGACCAGUAACAUGAAAUAUAGAAAUUCAAGAAAUCAAUCAUAAGUAUUAUUUCUUCGAUUUAUUGCAUGUUAAUAAAUGCGAUAAUUUUUUAAAAGAAAAAAAAACAUUGUAGCAUUUGAUUCAAUGUAACUGAGAAUGAUCUUCCAAGUUUCUUCGCAAAUUCCUGUUAAAGUCACUUUUAAACUUGGUCAUUUGGGGGCCCCCUCAUAGAAAGUUGCAUUUAACAACAACUCAAAAAAGUCAAAUAAGCACUUCUGAAUGGUUUAAGGAGUAGUUAUGUUUGAUUAUUGGGGUUGUGAGUGAUUGGAGCUUUUUGCAACAGGCCCCCAGAUGAAUGAUGUUACCCUGAUAGUAAGCUUUGAUGGCAAAGUUUAAUUAUUGAGUUUUAUGAAAUCGGGCCCCAUGACAAUGUGUAUGGUAUUAAUUAAAAUGUAUA